GAAAUUGUUGAUAGCUCUGGUAGACUAGUUGUUAGUUUUUGUAAUCAUGUUAUUUGAAUUGGUUACUGCUCACAAUAUAUCCUGAAAAGGAGCAUGAGGCUCCAGUUUCUAUGAGAUUUUUCUAUGUGAUCACUUAAAUGAGAAACAUAAUUUGUUGAAUUGAUUGAUGGGAAGAAGGAACAUCUUUGUUUCUAUGUGUGCGCCCUUUAUUUAUUUAGAUAGGGCCUGAAUUUCACUCUUAUGGAGCACUGAGAAACCUAAAUGGAAAGUUAAUAGGAGGGACAAUAUCAGGUUUUUAUUUUUGAAAGAGCUAUCUUAACAUGUUGGAAGUUGAGAGUGUUCUUUGCUUUUCUUGAUAUUAAUGUGCAUACACGAUUUUGUUUGUUUGAGAUGACUAAAAUAUAUCGUGAGGUUUAGAGAGAUAGCUCUCCCUAUGAAGAUGUGGUAGUGAUUAACAUUGUAGCACUUUGCUCAUAUAUAAAAAAAAUGUCAUAAUAGCAUGUCAGGAAAGGAUUUUAGUCGUUAAAGCUUUUCUUAUGUGUUGCAUGAUUGCAUCGAUAAUAAUCUUCAUCAAAUCUUAUUUAAGCAGUGGAUUCUAUUGUUUCACACAAAAUUUUGAUACUGGUUUUGUAGAUGCUAGGGAGGUGUAUGAUAUAUUUUUCAUAACCAUUUUGAUUGCUGCCUAAUUGUGUAACAAUCAUAAAUGUAAUUGAAUGCUUGUCUUCUGUGGGGUAAUAGUAUAUCAUGAGAAACAUUGCAAAAUAUUUUGUUAAUCCUUGGCGAUAUAAACUGUAUUAAGGGAGUUGGCCCCAAGUUAUAGUUGUUCUAGCUCAUAUUUGAGCUGUCUUGGGUUUUGCCACCUGCUUAAUAGAAAUUUUCCGUAUACUAAAAUGUUUGUGUUCUUGCAGAGCCCUUGUGACCAUGCCUUCUGUCUCGAUUGUGCAAGGAGCGACUCAAUUUGCUAUCUCUAGAGGAAGGCCUCAUUUGAACUGGUGUUACAGUAAGGGGGAACCAGUUUCUAAAAUAUGUGAUGAGCGUAUUCAAAAGAUCCAGACAAUAAAAAUGAUGGAGGGAAUUGUCAUCUGUGCUGCCCCUCACUGUCUCAAGUCAUUUUUAAAGAGGACUGAAUUUGAAUCUCAUAUUCAGGAGAGCCAUGCUAACCUUCUACAGCCCAAUGCAGAUAAAGAAGAUGGUAAUGAAUCAGAGGCUCAGAGUGCAAAACAACAAACACCUUCUGAAUCCCUUGCUCGGGGUCCUGCAAGGUCAGUUAUCUCUCCAGCUUCAAAUUCUCAGAUCCAUGAUCGUGAAGACAAAUCUCGUCGGCAGCAGCCUAGGGAACAAAUGCCUCCAAGGCCGUUGAUGCCAUCACAGCAACCUUUUCCUGGCCAAGUUCAAAAUUUUCCAUCAGAGGCCCAUCUUGAUAGUAACCGGCCCCCUGGCUUCGACCUCCCUGGUCCGCACAACCCCUUCCAACAAAGCUUUGAGACACAAGGAACGCCACAGCAAGAAUCUGGGCAGUUUUCGGAUAAGCAGCAAGGGAUUUUAUCUGAGACCCUCUAUCCUGGAUACCCAUCAAUGCAUGCAAUUCAGCCACCAAAUUUUGGUAUCCCAAUGAAUUCAAAUCCACUUCUGAGUACCCCAUUUGGUGUUCCUCCUUUUAUGGCUGAGGGAGGUCAGCCGUUCUAUGGUACUCCCUAUGAUAUGGGCCAUAUUGCUAGGCCAGAUACAGCAGCAGAAAGAGGAUCUGAACCAGGUUCUUUAGUUGGGUUCCCACCGGGUGCAGCAGGGGGUGUGAAUUUUUCGGCAAAUUACUCUCAACCCUGGGCUGCUGUACCAGCUGUCAUGCCUUUUGAAUCUGUACCGGGAAGUCAAGGAAUGGCUGAUGGUUUUACAAACAUGUCGGAUGCCCAAAGAAAAUUUGCAUUUUAUCAAGGUGAUUAUGGACGGAAUCCAGGAAGUUUACCUAUGGUUCCUCCCCCACCUCCUGUCAACAGGCCGAUGGAAGCUAUGCAAGCUGGUAAUUCCAUGGAUCCCAGAGAUGGCAAGGGUAUUUUGGCACCACAACCCUUGCCACACCAAGCACGAGCUCCACCGCCUCUCCCACAUUUGUCACAGCAUAAGAACAAAUACCAUUCUGGUGAUAUGGAUCGUGAAGGACCUGGCUUUGAUUGGCAGCAUGAGAACCGUGAAUCGUGAUGGGCUUUGGAAGUGGCCAGGAAUAGGGAAAUUAUUGGAUUUGGUUGCUGUAUGAACUAUGAGGCAUUUUACUGAACUAUUUGUAUUAAUCAAUUUAUCCGUCAUCUUUGCUUUGCUUGGUCCCUA